AUGAGAUACGUGGCAAUUUUCCUCUGUUUCCUAGUGACUACAGUAGGAACACUACUCAGGAGUCUGGAUGAUGAUAGUCACGAAUGCUUGUUCAAUUGUCCAAAAAGAGCGCGAAAUGUCAGUAUACCAAAAACAGAAAAGGCUUGUAUGGGAGACGACGCAAUUAUAGCUCAAAUUCUGGAUGGGUACAACAAGCUGGAUCUUCCGGGUGGUGGACAUGUUGAAGUUUCGAUUGAGAUCUGGGUCCAAGAAGUCUCAAAAAUCAUCGAAAUCACAUCAGAAUUUGAAUUGGACAUCUACGUAACCGAACGAUGGACGGAUCCAUCAUUAGCCUACGCUCAUCUGAAUCCGUGUAAAAGCAACAUGUCCGUCGACGGAGCAACAAUUCUGAACAAAAUCUGGAAUCCACAUGCAUGUUUUGUGAAUAGCAAGCUGGCGAACAUUCACGAGUCUCCAUUCAAGAAUAUAUUCUUACAAAUCUACAGUAAUGGGUCCAUUUGGCACAACUACCGUAUCAAGUUGACAGGACCGUGUUCUAGUACAUUAAGAACGUUCCCAAUUGACCAACAACGAUGCAUGCUGUUCUACGAGAGUUUCACACAUAACAGUGAUCAAGUGAAAAUGGAUUGGAUAACGACAGUACCCCCGAUUACAAUCCUCAAAGGAAACAUCACAUUACCCGAUUAUGUUUUGGUAGAUUUCUCGGCCAGCAGUGAACUUCGGCUCUACCCUCCUGGAAUCUUCAACGAAUUGAUCGCCACAUUUACAUUCCAACGAUUAUAUGGAUUUUAUAUUUUACAAGUUUAUGUACCAGCCUACAUUUCUGUAUUUAUUUCAUGGGUUUCUUUUACACUGGGUGCCGAACAAAUACCAUCAAGGACUACUGUUGGUGUCAAUUCGCUUCUGGCGUUGACAUUCCAAUUCGGUGCUGUCGUCAACAAUUUACCAAAAACUUCCGAUGUCAAAGCCAUCGAUGUUUGGAUUUUGAGUUCUAUGGCCUUUAUUUUUGCCUCUUUAAUCGAACUGGCUGUGGUCGGGUACUUAUCAAGAGACGGGCAGCACGGAUCUAUAAAAUUCUCUAGAUGCCGCUGCUCCUGGCUUUGUAUGAAUUGUAAAGAUUGGACGGCACUGAAAAUCGAUCAGAUGUCCUCUAUCGUGUUUCCAGUCAGUUUCUUUGCAUUCAAUAUCUGGUACUGGUUCAUUUUUCUCGGGAAAGUCACACGGACUCACAAUUGGUGA